AUGCUGAAAGAUGAAACCGAGGAUAUAGAAAGACUAUCUGAUACAAUUUCGGUUAGAAUGAAGCAGUUCUUUGCAGCGGUAAUAAACGAAUGUUUAGAGUUACUUGGAACACCACCUUGUGAUCAUGAAGUCAUUGUGUUUGGGUCUUUAGCAAGAAAUGAAAUGACGCCAUACUCCGAUUUCGAAUGGGCCAUUCUCACAAACUCAGAAGAGGAAGAAUGUAAAGUUUUCUUUCGAAAUUUAACAAACCUGGUUCAUUUGCAGGUAGGCAAAGUCUUUGUAUAGUCAUAUAAUAAUAUUCAGUAGUCAUGUUAACCCUCGUACAGAUGAGAAAGUUUACCUUCACAAAUUUUAUUUUCUCGUGUGUACGGCAAAGGAAUGUUUAACCCAUCUACCUAUAUGUGUCUUGUUAACUCAUUGAGUCGCAUUGCGCAAUGCUUUAUUAUUUUACUCUGUCUAACACCAGACGAUUUUACUCUGUUUGACUCCGGACGCAACAAAACUUGUUGGGUUUUAGUCUAUUCGAUUUACACUAUUCGAUAUUUGCCUCGACGUUCCGUGUCUCGGUAAAUAUCCAUUACGAAUGAUUUCUAAAUAUAUUUUCCUCCGCCCAUAUGUUUUGCCCUAUUCUCUGGUUGCCUAUCCCCGUUUUAAGAUAGUCUCAAAGUAUAGCGAACUUCGUUCCAAAGUUUUGAAUUACUUUUGGAAGUUUGCAAUUUCCCAACGAAUUUCGCAACAUGUCGUGGAAACCUUAUUUGAAAUCAAUACAAUAGUUGAGGGCACGAAAAUGGGGAGAUAGUGAAUAAGUGAAAAAGUAUAGAGUAAAGAAAGGAGAAAGGAAGACAUUUAGUGAUGAAAAAACGGGUGAAAAACAAAAUAUAAGCGGACAAAAUCCUGUUACGAAGCAUACCAAAGAAGGAAAUAUAUUUGAGCAAUCUUUACCUUAUUUUAGUUAAUCAACCUUGGAGAAACCAUUUUACCCAGUAUGAACAUCGAAGCAAUUAAUGGCUGGUUUUAUGAUGACAUAACAAGAAAAGGAGUUUCGGUUGAUGGUUUUCUUCCACAAGCGUGCAAGACGCCAUUAGGAAAUAUGCCUUUAGGAAAUGCGCCGGAAUUUGAGCUGAUUCAUACACCAGAGAAAAUGGCAGAUUUCCAGAACAACGAUUGGUAUCGCAAGAAUUGGAAAUUAGGAGACACCUUGUUGACUUUUUCCCCUCUGCAACCGGAUAAACACAUAUUGGUUGAUGCUUAUCGAAAGGACAUGGCUAAAAUCUUGUCUUUUCCUUGUGAUUCAGAAUGUUGUGAACAUGAUGCUUCGUGUCGUGCUUGGCCUACCCGGGGAUCCUGCCGAGGGCUGAGAACUCUUCGCGAAGAUGUGUCUCUUUAUGGGGAUGUGAUGACAGGCAAUAACGUCCUGGACGAUGGGAAAAUUUAUGAUGUCAAAAAGGAAAUUUAUCGUUUAACAGAUCGUGUAUUUUCUGCACUGGCGAAAUGUUAUGAAGUUGAUGCAAGCGGAACUUUUGCAAUACUUGACAAACUGUGCGAGAGGGAAAUAAUUUCAUCGGAAGCAAGAGAUAAUUUCACAAGUGCUUCGACCAUUGCAAUUAAGCUGAGAUUAAGUACUUACCUUAAAACUGGAAAACAAGGGGAACAGCUCAUGGCAAGUUCAAGCGAGGAAACAGGGAAGUUGACUUCUGUUUUCUAUAUGCCAAAUAAUGAAGAACUGUUUCACAUUUUCUUCAUUGCCAUUCCUUUGUAUAAAGAGUUGAAAAAGUUGAAGGCAGCCGGAAACAUACCGACGUCGCUUACACAUAGUUCAUUCUAUGACGAUUCUGACGUUACGAUGGGUCAUAUAUAUUGUUGCUUGUUAAACUACGACGAAGCUCUUGAAUGCUACGACCGUGCUCUUGAACAGGACCUAGAAAACCUAAGUAUUGAAAUCCGUCGUAUAAGUAUUGCACUCUUUAUUGAAAAGGGCACAAAAAAGAUGGGUAAAAUUCAAGAAAAUUUAGAUACCUUGUUGUGCAAGAUAAACCAAAGUUGGUCUGAGCCGCAUCAGGAAAUUACGCCAUUUGUCAAUCGUUUGGACUUUGAGGAAAAUCGGCAAUUGCUAGAAGUAUUGCUUUCGGCUUUCUCGUUUUUUAAUUGUCCUAAAUAUUUUGAAUUGGCGGAAAAGAUUGCAAUGGCAUAUCUGACGGUAAAGGAAAGAAAAUACAGUGCUGCAGGAGAACUACUCAUGAUGAAAAUUGCGUUUGUACAUUUUCCCAAGACUAUUAUUCAGCAACAUAUUGACGCCAUAACUUCUGGAAUGACAUCUUUGAUUGAUGAUGAAGGCUUGAGCACUAAAGGUAUUGGGUCGUUAAAUAGACUUGGUGAGUUUCUAUUUAACAGAGAUAAAAUUGGCAAAGCUUAUCGUUGUUUUCAAAGAGCACUGAGUAUGGAACACCUCCUCUACGGAAUGGUUCCAAACGUAAAUGUGAUGACAUCGUUAUAUUUUCUUGGGAAAACCUCAUUAUUUUUGUUCAUGUAUGGGGAAAGCAAAUUUUACUUUGAGUCGUUGGUGCAACUGUUUGAAUCAUAUGGCGGACCUACCGCUAGAUUAAAAAUUAAGGAUACUUAUUUGCAGUUGGCGUUGUUGAGCAUCGAAAUGGGAUAUUCUGCAGAGGAAUCAGUGUGCUACCUCGAAAAAGGCUUAAAGAUUACCACAGGCAGCACAAAUGACGCAGAAUUAUCUUUAGAUUGUGCCCUUUACAAUAAACUAGCCAUCAGAUGGUAUGUUCAACUCAACCAAGAAAAAGCUUGGAAGUAUAUUUUGGAAUCAAAAGCCUGCCUGAGAAAUAUUGUUGGAACAAAAGCCAGAGUAAAGGUGACUUACUUAAUCUCGUUGAGAUUAUUGCUGAAUUCAAGAAACCAAAUGAAAGAAUUAAAAUAUUGA